AUGUUUCCUGCGCUGGGGCCCAGCUGCGCCAGCGAGCCCGGCCUCCGCACUGACCUCUGCCCAGCCAUGCUCCACGGCCGCCUCCUGCUGCUGCUCCUCAGUGCUCCGGGCUGGGGCUGGGCGGGCAGCCUCCCGGAGGUGCUCCAGGCCCCCGUGGGGGGCGCCAUUCAGGUGCAAUGCCACUACCCCCUGCAGGAGGCGCGGGCUCCCAAGGUGUGGUGCCGGUUCUCCCCCACGCAGGGCUGCCAGCCCCUGGGGUCCUCGGCUGUGGAUCGCCGGGGCGCUGGGAGCCCGCGGACGCUCCUCACGGACAUGGGUGGGGGGCUCCUGCAAGUGCAGAUGGGCAUGCUGCGGGAGGACGACGCCGGGGAGUACGGCUGCGUGGCGGACACGGCCUCGGGACCGCUGACUCUGCACACCAUCGCCCUGCAGGUCCUCCCCACAGGGGAGGAGGAGGAGGAGGAGGAGGACUCUCAUCUGAUUGGCAGUCUGGCUGAGGACCCGUCAUUGGAUCCUACGGGCAGUGCCAAGCCCGGGGAACUCAGUCAGCACUCAAGGAGCCUCCCUUUGAUCUGGGGUGCGGGGCUCCUGCUGAGUCUGCUGGUGGUGGCUGUGGUGCUGUUUGCUCUAGUGGCCAGAAGGAAAGGGAAUAAGCUGGGGGUCUGUGGCCGUUUGCAGAAGAGCAGAGCUUCAGGCACGGCCCCCUCGUCAGUGAUUCACCACAUCAGUGAUUCUGGACCAGCUGUGACAGGCUUGCCUUCGGACAUGCCCUAUGUCAGGCUCGACUCUCCGCCUUCCUUCGACAGUCUACCUCUGGACCCCCCUGUAGGGAAGUCUCCACUCUCACCCCCGGCCUCAGGGCCUGCUCCGCCUCCGAAGGUGCUGAUGUCCUCCAAGGCUGUGACCUACGCCACAGUCAUCUUCCCGGGAGGGGACAAGGAUGGAGGGGCCCCCAGGGAGUCAGCGCAGGACCCGCCCUCCAGCCAAACCCCACCAAGCUAACAUGUCCACCACACUGAUAACCAGAGAACCA